UCCCGCAGCUAAUGACUGUCCAAGAAUGUGCAAAUCUAAAUUCACUGACAGUUGCAUGAAGGGCUUUACCUUGGAUGAAAUAAACCAAGCCCUUGGUGAAAUUAAGGAUAUCUCAAGCAUCUUGGAACCUGAUAUGGAUGAGAAAGAGAUGUUGUCUGGCCUUGUUGAGAAAGAUGUUGAUGAAGGGAUGGGAUUUAUUGAUCCAGUUGUUGAAGGUUGGAGAGAGCAGCUGAUCAGAAAGAAGAAGAAAAUCUGGUGGAAAAUUCUAUACCAGAUGGACUUGCAGGCUCGGGGUUUUGGUGAUGUUGUCCCUGAAGUGGCUGAGAGGCUUGGUGAUGUUAAAGAAAGUGAUGGUGAAGUCCCUGAGAGGCUUGGUGAUAUCCUCUCAUUACAGUCAGCUGUGGACAAAGGAUUUGCGAAGAUCAUGGAGAAGUUGUCUGAGAUGGAUAGCAAAGUGAGUAUGCUGGAUGGGAGAGUGAAAGACUUAGAGGGUUAUGUGUCAGUCCAGCUAGAGAAAGAGCGGUACAAUGAGUAUCAUCCAGGGACUUCAAGUGAUUUUGUGCCAACCUAUUGUACACCAACUGCUAAUCAACCAAUAGCGAGUCCGACAAAGGCUUUGGUCCUUCACAGUGGUUUCACAGACCCUAAGCCAAUCCAGAUUCAAGAAUUGAGUGAUGAAGGUGAUCAGGAGCAGCUGGCUAGGAAAGAGAAGGAGAACAAGAAGAAGAAAGCAGUGAGGUCGAAGCAUAGUGGCCCUACAAUCCAGACCGGGAAAAAGAGACAAAGGAAGGCUUCCAGGUUUCAGGCUGAAGAGUUUACAGCAGAGGGGAAGGGGAAGGGGAAGAAGCGGCAGAAGAAAUAGGUGAUCUUUAUGAGAGAUCACUCUUUAUGAGUAAUUGCUUUUGUGUAGGACAAUACUUAUAUUUUCUGAGUA